AAAGAAGAUUAAUAAGUAGUGUAUAUGAAUAUGAGUUCUGCGGAGGAGGCAAUGAAAGAGGAAAUUAAAUUUGAAGAGUACCUCGCAUUUACACGCAGUAUAAAAUAUUGUAUGCUUUUAUGUGGAAUAUGGCCAACUGGACAGCCCGGAAUACUGGAUCGUGUCCUAUCUAUUCUCGCUAUAACAUCCACGAGCACACUAAGCAUCGUAUUGCUACGAUUUGCUUUUGCCAAUAUUACAAAUAUCAGCCUGAUGGUUAGAGGAUUCAGCUUAGGAACCAGUUACCUAUCCCUGGCUUUGAAGGUAAUUCUCCUCACAUUUCACAAGAAAACUGUAUCUGCGUUAUAUACGAUUCUUCACAAGUAUCAUGAAGAGGCUCUAGCUGACAAGAAAUUGAGAUCCCGCGUGUUGGAGAAAAUAACUGGGUUUCGACGAUUAUCAUGGAUCCAAACGUGUCUCGUCAUCAGUGGUUCCCUAAUGUAUUCCUUCAUGCCAAUUAUUUUCAUGAUUAUUCAACUACGGCAGCACAUGCAGCCUAUCAAAUAUAUCCUUCCAUUGCCUGCUCUGUACCCAUGGAAAAUCCAACCCGGAGGCCUAUUGUAUAAAAUAACAUACCUAUUUGAAAUGUAUAAUAUGUUGUGUAUGACUACUAUAACUUGUGGAGUUGAUCCGCUUUUUGGAUAUUUUAUUUUCCUCAUAACCGGGCAACUUCGAGUUCUGAGCUAUGAAAUGAUCAAUAUAAAACCGAGUGACAAUCAUGAAGAAUUCAUACGUCAAUGGAUGACAAAAUUUCAGGUGUUGAAGGAUUGCUGUCGUAAGGUGCAAAAAAUCUAUGGACCCAUUAUAUUGUGGCAAGUCACCACAAAUGCAGCUGUGAUUUGCACUAUACUGUUUCAAAUAUCUCAAGGCAAAGGCAUUUCUGUAGCAAAAUAUGUUCUUAUUCUCUGCUAUAGCGGCGGGAAAAUUGUGCAAACAUUUAUAUAUAGCUGGGCUGGAACUGUUCUUACCAAUGAGAGUGAAGCAUUGACAGAAUCUGUGUACUUCAGCGAUUGGCCGGAAGCCGAACGUCAACGUUUCAGAGCUAUAGUUCUAAUAAUUUUGACGCAAAAACCCCUAAAAAUUUCAGCUGCAAAUUGGAUCGUGGUGUCCAAUGAUCUCUUCGUGAUGACGUUGAAUACCGCAGUGUCUUAUUUCUUCUUAUUGAAGACUGUCGAAGAGAAACAAUCGUAGGCUCAACCAUUUAUAAUGAACAAAUUAUAAUGAAUCGAGACGAGAUAUAUUUAUAUAUUUUCAGGAAUAAAGUGAUUCACUUGUC